CGCGCGCGCCCGCCUACGGUGGCCACUCAGUGACGCAGCAGCAGCAGGAACAACAACAACAACGACCUACAUUGUACAACAACAGUUAUUAAUAAUAAUAAUUACUUCAAAUACCGACAUAGUAAUUAGAUUGGUAUGAUUUAACGACGCUGCUUCUUCAACUCGUUAAUUCGAGGCGGAUAAGCAGCCAGCCAACGCGCAGGAGGACCUGCCGUGGCGUCACAUCAAAAGGGGCUUCCAGACGAGCAUGGAGACCAUCUACGACCAGGAGGUCCCCUACGCGAACACAACGAGCCAAGAGGCUGGAGGAGCUCAGCGCCUAGCCGUGGAGCGCAAGAGGAAGUGUAUGGAUCUCGAUGAAGACCUGGCUCAAGACACUGAAGAUCUCUUUCUUACUCUGAGCCAACUGCAGGAAGCCUGGCUGGUGGAGGCCAAGGUUCCUGAUGAGGAGGAACCAUUCAUGCUGGAUUUCUCAUCAGAAAAUUUGGCAUUCCACGCCCCUGUGAAGAUCAAGAAGGAGGGCCGAGGCACGUGCCUGCAGGCGUCCACGUGCGCGCAGGAGCACAUGCAGGGCCUGCUGUCCGCUGCGCCCUGCCACUCCAGUCCCGGUGGCUACUCUCUGAAGAGGGAUGGGGUGCUCAGUGUGAGUGGCAGCCCUUCGCCCUCCUGUACAACGCCCGUGUCAUCACUCCAGCAACAGCAGCAACAACAGCAGCAGCAGCAACAGCACCAGCAGCAACACCAGCAGCAACAGCAGCAGCAGCCGUGCAGCAGCAGCUCGGCACCGUGCUCGCGCCUCAUGCCCAGCCCGGCCCCGGCGCCCUCACACACCGUCGCGGGGCCCUUUUCAAGCCCGUACCCCACCGCGGCCCCUUCUCCUGCCGAUGUCAGCGGCUACAAUGACAGCAGGUUUCAGCGGCAUCUGUCGGAGCCGUGCUCUCCGUAUCCCCCCUCUCAGCACAUGUCUCGCCCAGGCUGCAUCCCCUUCCACCGCCAAGCCUCCGAGCCGCUCAUGGCCCCUUUCCCCCCUCCGCCGGGACCUCCGGGAGGCAUCAAGCAAGAGUACACGGGGCCCAUGGGGUACCCGGGCGAGGAUGCGUACCCUGGCCACCUGGGCCAGCGUUCGCAUGGGCCACAGCCGCCCCAGACGCAUGUCAUGCACGGCAACAUGGGGAGGCCAGAAUUUCGUCCCCCACCCCACAUGGUGCAGGAGCGGUCAGACUGCCCUUACCAAACGGAUAUGCCCACCGGGCAGUCCAUGUACAUGAAUGGAGAAGGCUAUUCGUCAUCACAUAAUGAAGGUGAUGUAAGCGGAUACAGAAGCGUGCCGCCCCCCAUGUACCAGCGCCGUGGCUCGCUGCAGCUGUGGCAGUUCCUGGUGGCGCUAUUGGAGGACCCUGUACACGCCGGCACCAUCGUGUGGACGGGGCGUGGUAUGGAGUUCAAACUCCUCGAUCCUGAAGAGGUGGCACGGCUUUGGGGAAUCCAGAAGAACAGGCCAGCCAUGAAUUACGACAAGCUGAGUCGCUCCCUGCGAUACUACUAUGAGAAGGGCAUCAUGCAAAAGGUGGCAGGCGAGCGGUACGUGUACCGCUUCGUGUGCGACCCCGAGGUGGUCUUCUCCCUCGCCUUCCCGGACAGCCAGCGCGCCGUGGUGAAGACGGAGCGCCGCCGGGCCCCGCCAGCCGAGGGCAGCGCCCCUCCCCACGUGCACUUCAACUCCCACGAGCAUGCCGAGGUCACCUACAGGGACACCGGCGUCUACUGAGUGUGCCCCCCCCCCC